GAUAAUUAGCGAGGCCCAAGACGGGCGAAAAUGCAACUCGAAGCUCGGAAGACGCAGCGGCAAUCUCGCUCUUCUGCUUCUUCUGACGUCCUGAAGUAGGUCAAGAACGAGGAAGGGCUGACGAACGAAGUGAAUCGCAACAGCAGCAGCUGCUUAGAGCGACACGGAGGAAAAUCCCAGCACGGCCUCGUUGAUUUCGCGUCAGGUCGCUCGAACUUUCGGUCGCUGUGUCCCUCGUUCGGCGGCAAAUUACAAACUCGCGGAGUCGCGAGCUCCACAUGCGAUCGCAUAUUCGGAGGGAGGUCGUCCUCCUCGGUGAAAGAAGGGACCACUUUCGUGAAUCUGUUUAAUGUCGAAUUGGCUGGUACGCAGUCCCUAGGACCGACAAUUUGCAGUGAGGGAAUUACGAUCUCUCGAUUGCCAAGGAAAGAGCCGGCAUGGGCGAUGCAAUGAGGGGAGCGCACUUUCGGUUGUCGCCAGCUCAAAAACAGCGCAUGUUAGUAGCGCAAGAGCGCUGUCGAGAUGCAGCGGGAAGUGUCCAUUCUUCUGCUUUUGUCAACGUUGGGGACACGAUACCCGUGGACUACGAGAAUGGAUAUUUGAGGGGCCAUGGAACCCAGGUAGUCGAUGGACAGCUCCUUGCCACUGUUUGCGGAGUUGUGGAACGAGUGAAUAAACUUGUUUCCGUCCGACCCCUUCGAGCCAGAUACAACCCAGAGACUGGUGAUGUGGUUGUAGGUCGUGUAACCGAGGUUGCACCAAAACGAUGGAAGGUGGAUGUCAAUUCCAGGCAAGAUGCUCAGCUGAUGCUGUCCGCUGUUAAUCUACCAGGUGGUAUCCAGAGGCGCAGGACGGCCACAGAUGAACUCAACAUGAGGGACCUCUUUACCGAAAACGAUCUUAUAAGUGCUGAAGUACAGACCCUUCAUCAAGAUGGAUCACUUCAUCUUCACACUCGCAGCUUAAAAUACGGGAAGCUUGAGAGUGGACAGCUCGUGAAAGUAGCGCCGUAUUUGAUCAAACGUCUAAAGCAGCACUUUCAUCAGCUGAAGCAGUAUGGAGUACAAAUGAUUUUAGGCUGUAAUGGUUAUGUUUGGAUAUCAGCACUUCCUCAAUCUACCCCCGAUAUUGCAACAGAUCAGAAACGUGCUAAUACUGAAUCACUUGAAGCGGCCGCGGGGACAGCUGACAGUCAAAACGUUGAAAUAUCCCGAGAGUUGAGGGAGAGAAUCUGCAGGCUUGCUAACGUAGUUCGAGUAUUGGGAGCAUGUGGUUUUCUUAUACAUCCUGAUUCCAUAGUGGAUACUUACGAAGCGAGUUUGAGUUGGGGUACAGAACUCAAACACAUGUUCUCUGGAGAGUUCUUUGUGAAGGUAGUUGAAAGAGAAGCAGAACAGAGGUCUAAGAAAGGGUAAGCUUCAUACUGAGCAUCAAAUAUACACACACAAUUUUGCCAGCAGAGGAGAGAAGUAGAAAGAGUAGCAAGAAUUUAGCUUAGAGAGGUGACUGAUUGCACGUAAUGUGUAAGUCACACAGAAGAGUCAUGAAGCCGAGGCGUUGUGAAGGAGAAGGGGACUUCUCACAUCUAGGUACGUUGAAGUCGGUGAUGGAUACACACAGCGGGACGUACGUGCUAAUUUCGAUCCAAUCAUCUUCGCAGAUGAUGGUUCGCAUCCCAUUCUAUGUGAACCUAAUGCGACCUCAUAUAUUACGGCCGAAAAAAUCUCGCACGAAUCUGAAACGAGUUGCGAAAUCUAUUUGCCGAGUUUUUUGUUGCGCACGAAGCGGUUGGAGAAGAUGCCUAAAUUCUUCAUCAUCACUUUGGGCCUCCAUUGAAGCAAUAUAUUUAAAGGAUAUGUGUGGCUGGCUGGAGGGCCGCGUAGCAUCUGACUGUGCAGACGGGGUAGAUGACAGGUGGAUUUUCGCUGCUGCCGACCGUCAGCUAUUUCCUUUGUUUGCUCCGGCAGCGCCAUGAAAGCGCUAAUUAGCGCCAUGACUCAUGUGCUGGGCACGAACCUUGGCGUUGCUCAACCGGUAAUCGUGAAGCCAUAGAGAUACCUCCAGUAGUCGGCUUUGCAUGAAAGAGUACAUAGCCUGUUUUUGAGGUCGCUAUUGUUAACAAUGCUGAGCGGCACGUUUUCAGUUGCUUAUCUGUUUCGUACAGUGAGUUAAGGUAAGGGCAAGGGAACUUCGGAACUUAGAUAGUGUAAACAUCCGGGAAGGGAAUGGUGGAUAGGAGCUUCAUUGAAGCUACCUAAGAAUAGCAAGCUUAGUAUGUUCCAAAUUCAAAAGCCACUGUUGUUGGCAGUACUAGGUGUUUCAACUAACUGUCCAGGUCCUUGGAACUGGUUUUUAGAUUGAAUCUCAAAAGCGCACGGUGACGAUAAACGGUCUGUAUAUUGACAUGUCUGCGUCUUCUGGGAGCUGGAGUUGGUGUUUAGUAGGCCUGGAAGUGCGUGAUCUCCCUGUUUUAAGUUGCGACUACAUGUCGGCGCCUAGAACAAAUUCACUUCAUGCCCAAAGACAACAGCACACAGCCAACCGACAAGCUGAACGCUCGUCUCUUGUUAUCCACAUUUCACGUCCUACCUAUUGAAAAAACCU